AUGGAUGAUCGUAAAGAUACAACUGUUGUACUCGGGAUGAGAUACGCCGAGCCAAAAGGAAUGGUGGGGAACAUUGCACUUAUGAAGCCGACACUGCAGGGUACUUUUAGGCCAGCUCUAGCUGGUUCAUUGACGUCCGAGUACGCCGUCGAUGGUCACAGGUGGCCCGGCAUUUUACAACGGCCGACUUUAUGCAGUGUUUCUAAACGUAAAGACAACGCCCCCUAUUGGCAGGUAGACUUACAGCAGUCUUAUGUCAUACACAUGGUCACAGUCCUGAUCAUAAGUACCGGUCGUAUAGACACAGUAACCAUCGAUAUAAUAGAUAGUGACGGCAGAACGCUGGAGUGUACAUCACAUCCGGGUCCUGGUGUUAGAAACACUUUUAAGGAUAUCCCCUGUCACGUCCCGACCCAAGGACAAACAGUCAGGAUCAGUAAAAAUGAGACCAUCCUUACUUUGUGUGAAGUGGAGAUUUACGGUACUUAUCCGUAA